AGAACGACAAUAUUUAUCUCUACAACACUAUAAAUUUUUGGUUGUGGAAUUAGAAAUUCAUCCGAUCAAGUGAGGAUUCCUGACAACUAGUGAUUCAAAUCGUAACAGUUGCAGACAUUUCACCUACGGAAAGCAGAACUAUUGAAGAUGUAUGGUUUUGAUAAACAGCAAGUUGGGAUGAAGAGUAUUUUGAUAUGUGGAAUUUGCAAAAAGUUAUGCAAAGAUGUCACAAUUAUUGAAGAAUGUCGUCAUAGAUUUUGCAAGAAUUGCAUAAUGAGAAAGGUAAAAGAAGAAAAAUUGAAAGUUUGUCCAGAAUGCAAUACUGACUUAGGUGUUUCCCCUUUGCAGAAAAUCAGGCAUGAUCACCAAAAAGAAGAGGAAGAGGAACAUGCCAAGGAACAGGAAGAAGAAGAGGAAGAGGGAGAAGAAGAAGAAGAAGAAGAAGAAGAAGAAGAAGAAGAAGAGGAGGAGAAUGUGACUUCAGACGAGGAUUAUGUGCCUUUGCCAAAGGGACGGCGUGGAAGAAAGAAAAAAGAAAAAAAUAUUCCUCCUCCUUCUAAUAGCGGUGGUGGUGAUGCUAGUGGCGGUGGAACAAAUACUAAUGUGGCACACAUUCAAGUUACUACUAAGACAACAGGAGGUAAAAGUAGUGGUAAUACUAUAGUAGUGAAUGAAAGAGAUCAUCCAAUUUGGUUCACUUUGGUUGCAUGUGAUAAGCAGGAAGGCCCUUCACCCUUACCACAAAUCUUUACCCGCUACAUAAAGAUCAAGGAUGUGAACAAGCCGUCUUCCUACCUAAAGAAGUACCUAGCACAAAAGUUGAGUCUUCAAAGCGAAGACGAGGUGGAGCUUCACAUGCUAGAAAUGUUGAUUCGUCCUGAAUUACCUCUCAAACAUCUAGAAAAAUUAUGGUUAUGCGUAGCACCUCACUCUGGAAAAAGACCAGUAAAGGUUGGAGCUUCUGGUGAAGAAUUUGUCAUGAUUUUAAAAUAUUCUCGGUCACACCCAAAAUUGAAUUAGUAUAUUAACUAUGUACAAUAUUUCAGUUUCUCCUUUGCUUACACAUUCAAUUUUUCAAGGAGAAAACUUCUUGCAUGUUGUUAAACACCAUUAAUUUGUGUGUAUGUUUUUCUUAUUAACUCGAUUAGAUGUUUUUGA